AUGACACAGCGACGCAUCACUAAUCCCGCCCUCUUUAUCUGCGAUUUGCAGGAGAAGUUCCGCCCGGCUAUACAUGAAUUCCCCAAAGUAGUCGCCACAACACGGAAAUUGCUCAAAGCCAGCCAGAUCCUCAACAUUCCCGUUUUCGCAACGACUCAGAACAAGGCGCGUUUGGGCGAGACAUGCGCGGAGCUGGGCUUGGACUCCCCGGAUGGGGUCAAGACGGUCGUACAUGCCGAUAAGACUCUCUUCUCCAUGCUCACUCCCGAAGUCCGCCAAGGCAUUGCAUCCUUGAACACACAACAACUUUCGUGUGUGAUCGUCGGUAUCGAGUCCCACAUUUGCGUGACUCAAACGGCCCUGGAUCUGCUGGAUGCGGGACACAAGGUCUACGUGAUUGCCGAUGGUGUCAGUAGUUGCAACAAGGAGGAAGUUCCUAUUGCUCUGGCUCGCCUGCGACGAGAGGGUGUCAUAGUCACCACCAGUGAGAGUUGGCUCUAUGAAUGCGUUGGCGACGCCGGAUUGCCCGAGUUCAAGCAGAUCAUCAACCUGGUGAAGGAGACCAACCAGUCGACCAAAGAGUCCCUGCAGACUCUUUGCAAGAUCUAA